AUGGGCCGCCGUCUCCAGGCCCUCCACGCCGACCAACACCCGCCGGGAGCGCGGGAGGGGCGGCCGGGCGGCCUGGCGCGGAAGGGCGGGGCCUCUCCUCACGCAGCAAUUUACCAAAAAAAAAAAGUUCCUGAAGUUCCUGCGGCGGCGGGAGCCAGCGGCCCCACCACUGGCACGCCGAGGCGCGGCAGGUGCCCGAGGCUGGGCCGGCCUGGCGGGGGCCCUAACACACCCCAGUCCCAAAUUUCACUUCUGUGUGAUGAAGAGGCAAAAGAUGAGGAAGAGGAUCAGACUCUUGUGAACCCGGACACGUAUACCUCGGAUCUCCAUUUUCGGGUGAGCAAAGACCGCUAUGGAGGGCAGCCGCUUUUCUCAGAGAAGUUCCCCACGCUUUGGUCUGGGGCAAGAACUUAUGGAGUGACAAAGGGGAAAGUCUGUUUUGAGGCCAAGGUAACCCAGAAUCUCCCAAUGAAAGAAGGCUGCACAGAGGUUUCUCUCCUUCGAGUUGGAUGGUCUGUUGAUUUUUCCCAUCCACAGCUUGGUGAGGAUGGAUUCUCUUACGGUUUCAAUGGACGAGGACUCAAGGCAGAGAAUGGGCAGUUUGAGGAAUUUGGCCAGACUUUUGGGGAGAAUGAUGUCAUUGGCUGCUUUGCUAAUUUUGAGGCUGAAGAAGUGGAACUUUCCUUUUCCAAGAAUGGAGAAGACCUUGGUAUGGCAUUCCGUAUCAACAAGGAAUCCCUGGCUGACCGGCCCCUCCUACCCCAUGUCCUCUGCAAAAAUUGUGUUGUACAAUUAAAUUUUGGUCAGAAGGAGGAGCCCUUCUUCCCACCGCCGGAAGAGUUUGUGUUCAUCCAUGCCGUGCCUGUGCAGGAGCGCGUGCGCACUGCGGUCCCUCCCAAGACCAUAGACGAGUGUGAGGUGAUUCUGAUGGUGGGAUUGCCUGCAUCUGGAAAGACCCAGUGGGCACUGAAAUACGCAAAAGAAAACCCUGAGAAAAGAUACAGUGUCCUGGGAGCUGAGACUGUGCUCAAUCAAAUGAGGAUGAAGGGGCUCGAAGAGCCACAGAUGGACCCCAAAAGCCGAGACCUUUUAGUUCAGCAAGCCUCCCAGUGCCUUAGUAAGCUGGUCCAGAUUGCUUCCCGGACAAAGAGGAACUUCAUUCUUGAUCGGUGUAACGUGUACAACUCUGGCCAAUGGCGGAAGCUAUUGCUGUUCAAGACUUUCUCUCGGAAAGUGGUGGUGGUCGCCUGGAAGAAGAGGCUGCAGCUGAGGAAGGAAGUGGAGGGAGACGAUGUGCCUGAGUCUAUAAUGCUGGAGAUGAAAGGUGGGCUAAACUCUACAAGUUAG